CGCCAAAAGUAAAACGACUUUGAGGCUGAAACUGUUUGUGUAUUGAUGCUUGUUAAAACCAAUUUCAACUGACUUUUUCAACUGACUGGCGAGAUGUCAGCACCUAAUAACUGGAAUAUUGACAUAAACACAGUCGGGGCAUAUCGUACGAGACAUCUGUACCUUUGAAUUAUUACCGGUGUUUCCUUGAGCAAGUCACAGGGUGUGGGGGUGCAAUAAAGAGUCAAACCCUGUUGGUGGACUAGCGGCUGAAGAUGACGAAGUGGGGGGAUCGGCUGAAGAAGGUGGAGCAGCUGGCUCAGUCGUUCCAGCAGAAACCUCUGGCCACACACUACAAACCUCGCUUGUGGCCGUGCCAGCCUUCCUCCGUCUGGAAGCUCUUCCCUCGUCAGUGUUUGGCCAUCGGCUUCGCUCAGAGCUGCAAAGAGGCUGUACAUGUUUUUGCACUUGAAAAAGAAAACACAUCUCUGGGUCAAAGGAUCUUCCUGGUGACCAGUUACAGCGAGCUUUGGCACUACUACAGGACUUACACACAGUCGUUGAUGCACUGCUACGAGGUGAUACCAGAUGGCGCUGUUUGUAAACUUUACUUUGACUUGGAGUUCUGUAAGCCCUCAAACAAAGGAGCUGAUGGUGAAGCUAUGGUUUCUUCACUCAUCCAGUAUGUUUGUGACAAGCUUAUGGAGGUUUAUGGGCUUGAGUGCUCCGCAGAAAAUGUCCUCAAUCUGGACUCGAGCACAGAAGAAAAGUUCAGUAGACAUCUCAUCUUCAAUCUCCAAAACGCAGCUUUCAAAGACAACAUACAUAUGGGCAGGUUUGUCCAUGCGAUUCUCCAACCAGUCCUGAGUGCACCGAAUGUUGGGAUGCGUUCGGGGGCAGAAAGCAGUGAAACACGCAGAAGCCACACCGUCUCUGAGGGGACGCCAGCAAAGGCAGGUGAGAUGGAGGAAAGUCCACAGGCCAAGAGGCGGAGGCAGGAGGAGACAGACCUCCAGUUCCUCCGGGUGAAAAACAAGGACGACCAAGACUCACUUUUUGUUGAUCUUGGUGUUUACACCAAGAACCGGAAUUUCCGCCUCUACAAGUCAUCAAAAGUGGGAAAGAACGCUGCAUUCAAGCUCGCAGACGACAACAAGUUUACUAACAAACUUGAAAAAGGAAUUUCUGAGGAGGAGAGUGUGUUCUUGGCUUCCUUAGUCUGUAAUGUGAGUUUCACAGGUCAAAGAAUUCUCACCUCAGAUGUCCCAAGAACAAAGGAACCCAAAACCUCGGGGCCUCAUUGCCAGCAGGGAUCAGCCACAUAUCCAGGUUCACUCUGUGGCUCCCUGUCAUCCCCUCAUCCAGAGGUGGACAACUUUGUCCUGACUGUGAUUAAAAAGGAUGGCAUCCAUGGGAGCAUCAGGCGAUGGAACUACUUUGCUGUCGAUCAACUGCUUGUUUACGACAUCGCUAAAUACCGCUGGUGUGAGAACGUGGAAAAGUUUCACAAAAGCAACAAUAUCAUGAUUGUUGUGGACCUCAAAGAGGAAGUGUGGUACCAGAAGUGUCACGACCCUGACUGCAAGAACUUCAGGUCCGCAAGUCACCCGCUGCCACAGGAGAUCUGCCUCAGCUAUUUCAUUAAACUGGAUGAAGAAGACCAGGCUUACUUAAUGGAUGAUGCGGGCAACAUUGAACCCAGCCAGGCCCCAAAGGAGACCCCGGAGAGCACCGCGCGUCCCGAGGAGGCGGACGUGUGGGGAGACGUACAGGAUGACCAGGACUACCUGGAGAGCCUGGACGACUAUGAAAAAAACAACGGGGAAACCCCCGAUCAGCCGCGGCUCCAGUAAAAGGCCAGAGUCCCAGUAAAAGGUGGAUCAACAAGACAUCCCCCCCCCCCCUUCAAGAGGGAUUCCCACCUGCUUGACUUGUUUGUGGUCUCUGGUGCAGCCACCGGACUCCGCUGUGACCUGGCUCUUCAACAUUGAUGUGUUAGUCCAUUCAGACUUUAUUUUAGAUCUCAUGUUCAGUUUACUCGUAGAUGCACCGGUUUAAUGGUUUUGGGAACAUCCAUUAUGGGUUACGUUUGAAGGAAACUUUGUAAAAUACUCAGUUUUAGUAGUGGUCAUUUAACGGUUUUGUAUCUUGUUGAGCAGAAGAGUUGUAACUUUAUUUAAAUGAUACAAUGUAAGCAUUAACAUUAAACUGCAGUGCUAACCUGACUACGUCCACAGCGUCGUUGCAUCCCUGACUGCACAAGACCU